UUCCGGGUAGGCGAGUAGUCAGUUUCCCGGAGUAGAAAGAUGGCGGCUCGCAGGAAUCGGUUGAGUUCUCCGCUAAGCUUUAUUGUCAACUGAUCUCCGGGAACAGCACAAACGGACUCCGGGGCAUGUGAGCGGCAGGCGGGCGGUGUAACAGACCGUGAGCCAUUAUGGUGAGAUGCAGGCUGAAGGUGAGUGAGGUGCGAGUGGCCCCGCAGAGCAUGUAGCGCCCCCUCCCUGUGGAACAAUGUCGUGUCGCCAGAGGAAGCUGCAGCGGCCGGACCCUUCCCCCGGGGCCCAGGGGCCCCCCCAGACCGGGGACCCCUCUUCCCUUGACGCUGCUGUUGGAACCUGCGCACCGAGGGGCCCGAGAGCCAAGGGCCCGGCCACCUUCCCGUUCAACCAGUUGCCCAUAGAUUGUCAGCUCCACGUGUUCUCGUUCCUGUCGGAGGUGGAGAAGUGCACGGCGGCGCUGGUUUGUUCCGGAUGGAGCCGACUCAUGCGCACCCCCCGAUUGUGGCGCGUGGCGGACUUCAUGCGACUCGGCGCCUUCCUGUCGGGGAUGGACGGGGUGGUGGUGUCGGUGAGGGAGUUUGAGCGCUGGAAGGAGUGGGUGCACCAGUACGCCUACCAUCUCAGCGCCCGCGGUGCCAGCCUCCUGCUCCUCCGUGCCAGCUUCGACCUGGGCGACCAGCGCACCAAAUGGGCCGACUUCCUCCUCAACUUCCUGGAGAGCGUCCACUGCGGGGAACUGAAGGAGCUGGAGUUGAACUGGACCCUGACCCACCUGGAGCCGCUGGACUUCUACCCCCCGGGCAGCAUGGCGCAGAUCUGCCUGGCAAAGACCGACCAGUUCAACAGUUUCCAGACCCUGUUUGAGCGGCUGACGCGCUGGUCCCCCAAACUGAGCCGCAUGAAGCUGCCGUUCGAUUGGUCGGAGCACUCGGUGGCCCUCCUCACCCAGUUCCAGCACCUCAGCACCCUGGAGCUCAACUACUUCUGGGUCUUCAAGGGGGUCCAGCCGGAGACGAUGCAGCAACUGACCCGCUCGCUGCCCAAUCUCAAGGCCUUGAUCCUGCAGGUUCUGGUGCCGGUGAAGGACCUCGGCGUCUCUUACCCUCUGGAGUCCAAGUCCCUGGAGUUCCUGGACGUGUCCCAGAGCCGGGGGCUGGUCUUCAGCCAUUUGGACCUUCCGGCCUUGCGAGAGCUCCGGGUGAAGAAGACCAUAAGGGGGAUCAUAUUAAACCGCAGGACUCGGGUGGCUCUGCAGACUCGCUGGUCCUGUCUGUACGACCUGCUCAGGGUGGGGACCCCCAAACUCCAGCUCUUCAACUCCCAUAGGCUGCGGCCCCAUUGGCAGACUCAGGCCUACCUGGAACUGAGUGAGGUUCUGCUCCAGUCCUGUUACUGCAUCCAGCACACCGACACCUGGUUACUGUGACCCAACGGGGCCGCUGAGGACUCUGGGAAAUAAAGUGACUUUUAUAUUUUGGGAGCUAAGGGGGCGGGACCAAUAAACAUUCUCUUGGCUCCAU